UUUAGGGAACGCUUGCAACUUCGAAAUUGUUUCACUACGCAUUUGCGAUAUGUUAAAAAAUCCAGCGUGACGCGAUCUUUGUUCAGCGGAACUAGACUUGUGAUUUUUAUAUCAUAUUAUAUGGAAUAACGUGAAAAGAAAACAUCAGCGAAAGAUCAGCGAAACCAUUUUCGAGGAUUAGAAAAUACAUCGCGAUAGACGAAAACUUGAAAAAAGUUGCUGCGAAUGAAAAUCUGGAGUACAGUCUAAACGAAUCACGCAUGCGCAAAGGAUCAGUCAGCAUUCGAUAUUGACCUCAUAACGUAUUUCCCAUACGUAAAAUCUGUUCAGUGAAGAUAUAACUUUGAUUCAAAGAUCUCAGUCUUUUCCUUUGUUCUAUUAAAAUAUGUUGAAGUGCCUGUGGUUGAUAUUAGUUAGCGAAUUAUUAAUUAUCGGAUACAGUGCGACCAAUACGUCGUUAACUGUAACGCCUCUUAGUGGAAAUAAUUCAGCAAGGGAGAUGGCGACCGGAUUACCAAUAUUCUUGAACGAAGCCAGAGUAUCGCAACUGCUAGACGGACAAUGGUUACCCCUGAUCGAUGCUAUGCACCAAGCUCUCUUGGCGUCAGCUUUGAACCAUGCUGUACAACCUCUGAGAUCUUUUACACCCAUCAGAGACGAGGGGAUUAUGUUGACCAUGCCCGGCUACGUUGACUUCAAUAAUGAUGUCCACGAAGGCGAGCCCGUGUUGGCAUGCAAAGUAGUGACUAGUUUCACAGGGAAUUCCGAAAGAGAAAAUCCGCUGCCUAAUAUUUUGGGCACUAUACUUCUCUUCGAUGUCACCAGCGGAAGGCUAACUUGUGUAUUGGAAGCCACGGAAAUAACAGCCAGGAGAACAGCGGCAGCUUCUGUAGCGGCCACGAAUAUUUUGUACAAAAAGAGACACUCAUUGUCAAACAGUUCCGAUGAGCCGAUCGUUCUCGGUAUAUUCGGAGCCGGAGUACAGGGGAAAAAUCACGCAUUGGCCUUUCAUGCUGCUUACUCAAAUAUAUCAGAGAUCCGCAUUUGGAAUCAUCGGCUGCCCAAGGCGGAACGCCUAGUUGCAGAGUUGAAAACCCUCGGCAUUAAUCAGGCGCGGGUAGCUCGUACCGGAAGAGAAUGCGCCGAAGGAGCGGACAUCUUAGUUACGGCGACUUCUUCCUCCGAACCAAUCCUCUUCGACGAGUGGGUCAAAAAUGGCGCCCACAUCAACGCUGUCGGCAGCGGUCGUUUUCAUUACUGUGAACUGGAUUUACCGCUCUACCGAAGGGUCAAAAUCUAUUUGGACAACGAGUCAAGCGGGCGCAACGAAUUGCGGGGGCUCGUGGUCCAGGGCAUUUCUUUGAUCACCUCCGUAGGUAACGUUUUCCUCGAACCGAAUCUGAUGCCGGGAAAACAGGAUAUCACGGUCUUCCAUUCGGUCGGCAUGGCUGCCGAAGACGCUCUGGCAGCUCAGCUUGUCUACAAACGACAUUUGCUUUCUCGCCCUUCGAACUGAUCAGGAUUUCAAUUCGUUUUAUUAGGCGAAAGAAUCCACGGGAGGUGACGAAGGUGCGACCGAAACAGGCUGGUGCGGCUGACUCUGGCUUCCUGCGGCUUCGGGCUCUUCACGCUUCAGUAGUCAAGUCAUGUUUUGGUCGGCCGGCGAAGGGUGUUCGGGCGAAACGGAGUAGCAAAGGUACGCGACGGGUCGGGCGUCAGAGGCUCGCGGAAGCUGGCGGCCGACUGGCGAUGCCCGUUUCUACUAGGCGUGCGUCGGACAGAGAGGAGAGAAGUGGAACCAGACGGAGACGCGUGCACCUACCUAGGCGUACAUAUCCAUCCACGUCCGUAUGAAGUGGUGGCGAGGGAUGCACGAGGGAUAAACGCAGGGCAUACGCGAUACCGCGGUAUUGCGAGAUUCUUGGACUUCCCGAGUUUUCAGCUUCUAACUUUUCGCAUUACGCGAUUUUGGGGAGUUCGAACCGUACGAAAAUUAACGUCCAGUUCUCGAUGAAAUUUGGUAAUUCUAUAGAUUUGCGUAAUUCCAUCACCGGAUCGAAAUUUUGUACCGGUUCACGGGAUUGCUUAUGAGAUAUAAAAAAAUAUGUCUUCGCUCGUUUUUUACACGUAUUCUUAUCGAGGAACGGACGUGGAUUCAAGUUAUCAAUUAAAUUUGUAAUGAAGUGACAUUGAUAUUUCGUUGAAAUUUU